UCAGAGACUUCGUGAGGCCUGCAGGAUGCGGGUCAUCCAGAAAGGCACCUUGGAGAAGGUGAUGGGGUCCCUGGUCCCAGCUUUCCCGGCUGGAAAUAUCCCCCACGUCUGCACCCUGAUGCCCAUCCACCCGGCCUUCUCCAGGGCCCAGUGGUUCCUCGAAGAGCUAUUAACAAGGUCCUGUGCACCAUCCCUCAGAUCGGAUGCCAUCAAGGUCUUCUCUGCCUCUGGAGGGAUACCUCUGCAUAACGAUUGGGGUGACACACCACAGGAGCAAUUAUUAAAGGCCACCGCUUCUGUGAUGGGAACCUGGCCAGACCUGAUACAACAUUUUGGCCAGCCACUCCUUUUCCCUGGGUUCAUCGUGAAGCAGACCUUGGUGCUGCACAGCCUCCCUGUCAAAUGCCCGGUGGGCCUCGUAAGAAGUCUUUGGGUGGAGCUGCAGCAACAGGAGCCUACAGAGGCUCAGAACCACUUAAAGAGCUCAAGCACACUCAAGAGCCAGAGGAAGGGCCUGCUCCUGGGCUAGAGCCCAAUCCAGGUGUGAUAGUGCUGGAGCCUUCUGGACCACCAGCUCUGAUCCAAGAGCCAGCUCCAUCCCCAACAACCGACUGCCCCGUGGCUGUGACCCUUAAGCACCAUAGAAGGGAGGAGAAGCUUGGCCUCCUGACAUUCCCUCCAAGACUGGUGGCCGAGCAAAU